CUCCUUCCCUUAGUAACAGCUUUAACAUUCUGCCUCAAUUCCUCUUCAAUCUAAAUCACACACACACUCACAUAUACACAGAGAUUACUUUUUUUUUUUUUUUACCUCCUCCUUCCUUGGGACUUAAUCUGUAAUCUCUCCCCCCCACCCCCUCCACAACCUUUCCACCACCCCCUUUUCUAAUCCCCACCCCCCCAACACACACACACACACACCUCACCCAGGCUUGGGAUAUAACUGAAUACAUUGCAUUCUUUGGUGGCUAUUUAUGGUGUUUUGUUUUGCUUUUUUCCCCCUCUUAAAUUUUUUUUUUUUUUGCAACCCGCUCUAUUUGAGAUAUAGAAAUCUAUAAACGAAGAGGAAGGUGUAUUUCCAUAAAUACAGAUCUCCCUCUCUAUAUUCUCUUGCCUCCAUUGCAAAAGGAGGAGGUGAAAGCAAGCUACACACACACUGAGCCAUCAUCAAUUGCAAGUAUCAUCUUCCUGUGACUGGAGGCUCCUAACAGGAAACCUUCCACCCAUCAAUGCACUGCCAAUGUAAGAUACCCACCAAAUGGUUGGACUGUGCAUAGAAGAGAAGGAUGGACUGUAACUGAGGCAUCAUUUUUCACUCGUCACACACUAGUAGACUAGUGGAUUUCUGCAGCCCUGCCCAUAACAACUCUGAGAGGGUUAUAUGCUUCGUUGUGACCUCAUGGUUUAAGCGGGCAUAAAGAUGAGUAUAAGCAGUGAUGAGGUUAACUUCCUCGUAUAUAGAUACUUGCAAGAGUCCGGGUUUUCUCAUUCAGCAUUUACCUUUGGUAUCGAGAGCCAUAUCAGCCAGUCUAACAUCAACGGUGCUCUGGUGCCCCCAGCUGCUUUGAUUUCCAUCAUCCAGAAAGGCUUGCAGUAUGUAGAGGCGGAAGUCAGUAUUAAUGAGGAUGGUACCUUGUUUGAUGGCAGGCCGAUAGAAUCUCUUUCACUGAUAGACGCCGUAAUGCCAGAUGUGGUGCAGACAAGACAACAGGCCUACAGAGACAAGCUUGCACAGCAACAAGCGGCGGCGGCAGCAGCAGCAGCGCCGACAAACCAACAGGGGUCUGCAAAAAAUGGUGAAAACACUGCAAAUGGAGAGGAAAAUGGAGCCCACACUAUAGCAAAUAAUCACACGGAUAUGAUGGAAGUGGACGGCGAUGUUGAAAUCCCUCCUAACAAAGCAGUGGUGCUGCGCGGCCAUGAAUCCGAAGUGUUCAUCUGCGCCUGGAACCCUGUUAGUGACCUUCUGGCCUCAGGAUCUGGAGAUUCAACGGCAAGAAUAUGGAACCUUAGUGAAAACAGUACCAGCGGAUCCACGCAGCUGGUCCUUCGGCACUGUAUACGGGAAGGGGGCCAAGACGUACCAAGCAACAAAGAUGUGACAUCCCUGGAUUGGAAUAGUGAAGGUACACUUCUAGCAACGGGAUCAUACGAUGGAUUCGCAAGGAUAUGGACUAAAGAUGGUAAUCUUGCCAGCACGUUAGGGCAACAUAAAGGUCCCAUAUUUGCAUUAAAAUGGAACAAGAAAGGCAACUUCAUUUUAAGUGCAGGCGUGGACAAGACCACAAUUAUUUGGGAUGCACAUACUGGAGAAGCCAAACAGCAGUUUCCUUUCCAUUCUGCACCAGCAUUAGAUGUGGACUGGCAGAGCAACAACACGUUUGCCUCUUGUAGCACAGAUAUGUGUAUCCAUGUCUGCAAGUUGGGCCAAGAUAAGCCCAUCAAAACCUUCCAAGGCCACACAAAUGAAGUAAAUGCAAUCAAAUGGGAUCCCACUGGUAAUCUUUUGGCAUCUUGUUCUGACGACAUGACUCUAAAGAUCUGGAGUAUGAAACAAGAUAGUUGUGUUCACGAUCUACAAGCACACAACAAAGAAAUUUAUACUAUCAAAUGGAGUCCCACAGGGCCCGGGACGAACAAUCCAAAUGCCAAUCUUAUGUUAGCAAGUGCAUCCUUUGAUUCUACGGUUCGGUUAUGGGAUGUAGACCGAGGAAUCUGCAUCCACACUUUGACAAAACAUCAAGAACCUGUGUAUAGUGUAGCUUUCAGCCCCGAUGGCAGGUACCUGGCCAGUGGUUCUUUCGACAAAUGUGUACACAUCUGGAACACACAGACGGGUGCUCUAGUGCAUAGUUAUCGGGGAACAGGAGGCAUUUUCGAGGUUUGCUGGAAUGCAGCAGGAGACAAAGUUGGAGCAAGUGCUUCAGAUGGUUCAGUUUGUGUACUAGACCUACGGAAAUAGUGCUACUAGUUGGAAGCCAUGGACCGACUAUGAAUGUGUACAUAGCCAAAAUGACUGUCCCCUUGACCCAUGUACUGCUAUAGUCCCAACUGAACCAUGGCCAGUCCACUGCAGCCAAACCUGAAAGAAUUAUAUACAUAUACUGUAUAUUUAAAAAAAAAAAAAGCAAAAAUAAGAUUACACCCUGAAGAAGAUGACAGAGUUUUGUCACAGCUUGUGAAGCCUGUUCACCAAGUGCUGGAAUCUGCUGUGCCCCCAAAAAAUAACAUGUAAGCAUUUUGGAUAUGGAAUAAAAACAAAACCAAGACGAGAGAGAGAGAAACAUAACUGUACAAGAGCAGACCAUUCAGUAUACCAAAUUGGGGAAAACUACAAAUGGCUGCCAUUUUUCCCCCCUUUCCCUUCUUAACUCUUUGAAAGGUUGGAUUUUCCCCUUCUUUUUAGCUUUUUUUCUCCAGUAGGUGAUGAGCAGUUUUCAUGUACAGGGAAAAUGGACUUGCAUACUCCUGAGACAGUAGUUUGUUCAUUGCUUUUUAAACCUUUUUUUCUCUCCCCCAUUUAGUUUAUUGAUGCUCAAAGGAAGGGUGUGAAUCAGUUUCUUGGUGGUGGUUCUUUUCACUUGGAAUUGAGAAAAUUCUUUUGCAGCAGUUCUCGGAGUGCUUUGUUUGAAAGAUGUAGAUAUCUGGAACAUGUUUGCUAUCUGCUUACAGUUUAGAUGGAGAGGGAGGAAACAAUGCAGAUCCUUUUGAAAGAUGAAGUUUUGUGUUCCUUUUCAGUUGUAAGACACUUUUACUCUUCAGCUCACAUACUGGAGGAUGGUGGUUGUGGGGAGCGGGGUGGGCGUGUUUCUUUUCAAUGAAGACAGUUUUCAAAAGCAGUCAUUUCUUCAUUGAGUCAUCUCUGCCAAACAAAAAGGUACAAAAAUGUUGAAGAUGCAUAAAUAGAGACUGUGAUGACAUUUGGAAGAUAUACAUGGUGGGUUAUCCCAUAUGAUCAUGCAUUGGAUUUCACGUUUACAUAACUGCCUACACAUGUUGAUUGACAGUGUUCCAUGCACAGUGGAAGGUCAGCAUUACGGACCCACUGGGGCUGCUUUGCAACUCGAGAGGUUGGCCUGCCAGUGUAGCGUGACAGUGCAGCUGUGGAAUUACUUAAAACUGCUUCCAGGCAGUCCCACAGCACUACUGCCCAGAAGCAGCUAUAAGUUGUUCCACAGCAGGCUCUGUCAUGUUAUAGGACAGGACUGCCUUUCAAAUUUCACAGCCGCCCUUGCAGCUCCAUAAAGCUGAUGUUCCGCUGUGUGGGAUGUUGACCACUGCUUCCAUUGUGAGUGUGCCCAGUCUGUACUCCUCAACGCAAGGGAUGGGUCUCCCACAGGAGGUGGGCUGGUGCCGUCCUGAUCUCCCACCACGUGUGUGUUCCAAACGUCAGCAUAGGGCUUAUAACAAAGUCUAUCCCUUCUGUUUGAAAUAUGCCCACACUUAUGGUUCUGUUGUGCACUACUUUGAGAAGGAAUGGAACGGUGGAGAAAGGGGAUCAUUUGGUUGAUGUUUUAAUUCUUCGGGGCAAGCGUUGCUGCCACAGCUCCCUUGACCAUUUCACCCAUUCUUAAUCGGUAGAGCUCGGAUGUUUCGCGUAACCGAAUUCCAAAUUAAAAGUAUUUUGCUUGCGUGUUUGGUUCUUUUUCCUUUAUACGAAAAAAUAACUUUGGGGUCUCCUCACUAACCCUUCCCAAAAGAGGCAAGAUGUUUACUCUCCUAAGGUACAGAUCCACUGGAAACGUUGUCUGUACAAAUCGCAUUGGAACGGACCUGUGUAGUACAGCGUUAUGGCAAUGCCUGGCAAGCCUUGGGCUGGCCAAGUUCCCAGUGAAUUGUGUCCCUUAGUUUUUGAAAGGAAAAUGGAGAGAGAGAAAUCUUUAACAAAGGACUUGCUUCAAGUUUAUUUUUAAUAUUGAGUGAUUGAGCUUCUGUAGAUGAAACCUGUCUUGCACUAAACUCACUCUGCUGCUCCCCUCUCAUAGUUCUUGUAUGUGCUUGCAACAUUCCCCCACGCCUCAACUUAGGAUACCCAUAAGCUGCUAUUUGUUUUUAGGGCGGGGGGGGGGGAAUAUGAUCACUACUAUAUCAUGUCUUUUUGGUUUCUAAUAUCAAGCAUUGCUUUUCUCUUUCUUCACAGCAAGAGAUGUAACUGGCAAACAGUUUGUUCACGGAAUUGAUUAAAACUAAUACCAAUAGCAGUAUCCUCUCCAUAAAAGUAAUAGCAUGAAGUUGGGCUUUUGCCCAAACCAUUGUUGCAUCCCAUUUCCCACAACUCCCAGCAGGUCUUUUAUUUAAAAAAAAAAAAGUGGGGAGAAAGAUUGUCAGGUGUUGUAACAUUUCACCCCAAAUUUUACGGAUAAGGUAUCAGUUUUUAUAUUGUUGUUUCAGUUGUAGCAACAUGGCUUACAAAGACUAGAUUUCAAAUCUGGGUGCAGUCAUUUUUGUUGGCAGAAUGACAUAUUAUGGCACUUCCAUGUUGAUUUCUCCCGCCACCUCUGUUAAUGUCUAAUUCAAGUAAACCUGUGGCAAAACCAGAUUCCCUUCUCUGCAUCAUCGGCUGGUAGGGGCAGGGAAACCCACCUCCUAUUAUCUGUUCAGAUACACUCCAUGUGCAUUCAGUGAACCUGUAGAGGAGGGAGAUGGACCACACUAUCUGGCCACGCCCCUGACAUCUGUAUAUUCAUUUGCAUGCAUGAAAGGGACCAUUGUGCUUGGUGUGUACCCAUGGACCUCUUCCAUGUAUUCGCUUGAAGAUGGAGGCAGAGGAAUGUGCCAGCAUUGAGGGCUGUGGUCCUCAGGCAUAGACCUCUCCCUACUCCAAGCCUUCACUGAAAACAUGGAGGGUAUUUGCCACAUAAGGUUAGUGGCAUCAGGGACCAGGUUAAGUUGAAGUGGAUGUUAUGGGAGUUGGGGCUUAAUACAGAACUGCCUCUUUCAGUAAAAGUCCUGUGGUGUUUGUAACUGGUAGGUCUGCCCUUCGUUAUAAGUUGCGCUAACCCCAGAGGAUCCAGCUCUUUAGCCUUUUUUAAUGAGAGCAUUCUUUUGGCAUUGAUUUCUGCUAUUUCUAUACACACACUCAACUCCAUUUUGAAGCAAGUUCCGCCUAUGUGUCAUGGCAACCAUUUUAGAUGAUGUUUAAUAAAUGCACCCCAGUUGUUAGUGGGGUAUUACAGCAUUGUGAGAAAAGAAACAGAAGGAAGGUUCAUAUCCAUAAGGGCCGUUGUACGAUACAGUUCUGCUAACAGCUCUUUGUAGGGUUUGGUAAUAGGCUCAAGUUGUUCAGGAUAAUUUCCCUGUGAAUUACAAGAUGUAAGAAACGUAACCUAUUGAGUAUCUGGCACUUGAAAAUCUUUUUAUUGCUGGAGGUUCAGGACUGUGGCUGACCUCUGUCAUUAAAUGGGGAAAAAAGUUUUCUAAAAAAUGUAAAAAUAAAAAAUCUGUGCAAUAAUUUUAAACUGUGCUCCCAGGAAUAGACACACGUGUGUGUGUUGGGUUUGUUGUUUUUUUAAGUAUAUUUAAACCACAUUUUUUUCCUUUAGCAACGCAAAUGUCAAUUGCACUGAACUUAAAUCUUAAAAAGUCAGAGGUGAUUCUUGAUAGUACUUUUGUAUUUUGAUAUGGACAGUCUGUUUUUUUCAUACAAGCUAUUGAAUGGAUGUUUCAGCGGACUUCUAAGAGUGUAAACAUGUGUUGAACUCCUUUUGACACAGCUGCAGAAUCCCACAGCAAUGUUCACACUUCUGGUUUUGUAACCUUUUAGCUAUUUCUGUUUGUGAUUUGAUUCUAGGCCAUUGCAGUAUGAUAUAGCGUGUAGAGGAUAUUGAGCCUUCAUUAUCACCAAAUCCUGGGCUGAUUUCCCUUCCUUCCCUGCCCCCGCUUUGGCUUCUAACACAAUUCAAACUCCUCCAUUUUUGUGGGCCAGAUGCUCAACCAGUCCCUCUCCUGGGAUACAUGGGUUAGAUUCUGAACUGUCAGCCGCCAUGCUAGAUGACAGGGACUCUAUUUUACCAGAGCCAAACAUGUGAAUGUCAAACCUCCUCUCUCCCCCUCCCCCACCCGCUUCUAUGUGAUUAAUCUUAUCAGAAUCCAUUGCUGUUAAGAGUAUGCAAAGGAUGCAGGAGCGUCGCCCUUGGCUGUUUUCCCGAGGAUUGCAUUUAUGGUUGUGCUGUGGGGCUUUGGUCUUUUUCUCUCUUGGUACAGCAGCUUCCCUGUCCCAUUCUGCCAGCUGCUUCUGAAAAUAGGGAGAGUUGGUGCAGCUCUUGUGAUAAAGCAUGAAAACCGAAGGUUGCUGAAAGAGGAGAGAAAAGGCCCACUUCACAUGGCGGUUUUCUGCUUUUGCAGAAAUGGGUGGCUUGAACCACAGCCCUGAACAGGAAGUCCUUUUGCUGCUGUCCUUUAUCUACCUAUGUGCCACAGUGCUGCUCCAGUUUUGAACUAACUCCCUGCCACUUUGAGUAUGAGACAGGCAUGCAAAACAUGGCAUUAGAGAGAGAAAAGAUGGAUUAGGAUCAAUAUUCCCUGUAACAGGGAUUCCCAGAUGGGGACUACAGCUCCCAUAAUUCCCAGCCAAAGGCCAUAACACCUGGCGAUGCUGGGAGUUGUAGCCAACAACGGGGCAAUCUGCUGUUACAGGGAACACUGGAUAGGAUGGGUGGAAACAUUUCAAGUGCCAAGUUGUUUUACAGAGGAGAUCAGGGAUGGAAAAUGUGUCACACCAUUAUUGCUAGCUGGUCCAGACUGAACUACACAGUAAGGCAAUUCACACAAUCAAAAACUAGGUGCGUCAAAUGCCCUACCAGGUUUGGGAGCUGUGCAUGCUCCCAUUUGUGGGUGAGGCAGGAGUUGGGUAGGGCAACGCCAUCCUACCCAGCAUAUUACCAAGGUAGGAGGAAGAACUGCCCUAUUCUGCUUCUCAUACACAAGCAAAAAUUGGGAGCAGGUGCAGCUUCCAAAACCAGUCUCGGAUCGUGUGUACUGCCUUGCUGUGUGGCAAACAUGGGCUGCCCAACCUAACAUUCUCAGACCUGGGUCCUCGGCUGUUGAACCACAACUCCCAUCAGUCCCCUUCAGCUGUUUGUUGGGGUUGAUGGAAGUUGUAAUCCAGCAGUAUCUGGGAAUCCAAGAUUGAGAACUCCUGCUAUAAGUUUACACAUACCUGUGUCGUCAUAGCAAGCAUGGACUUAGGAACAUUGGUUUGCCAUGAAAAUGGUGAUUUACCCCAACGUAGACCAGGUUUGCACUAACUGCAGGAUAACCAGCAGAUCCCGAUGAGUGUGGGCUGCCAGUGCGAGCUGAAGUUCGUAUCCUCUGAGCCCACUGACGUCAGGUCAGGUUGCCAGUGCUGGGUUCCCUCCCACCACCCAAAAGCUGUAACUUGCAUUUGAAGUUGGGCAGAGGGUGCCGGAUGCCAGAGGAAACCCAGCAUUGGCAACUUGACAGUGGCAGGUUUGGACAACACAAAAUAGUGCAAUCUCUGGCCCUCACCAGGAGCAUGUGUUCCCCCUCCCUUUCCAUGGGUCAUACGAAUCUGCCUACUGUUUUAUCAAGGAAACUUCACAGAGCAGCCAACUGAGCUGCAGUAUGGCUUUGUGUGUCAUGGAAUCUCCAUGCCGAACGUGAGAUUUCAGCAUUCCUUUCUUUAAGACAUUUUCUUUUGCCACAUGUGGUGGACAGUUGUCUGCUUUCUUAGCUUGGAAUGUUGAAUUUCUUCCCCUUUUAUUUCACUUGUCCAUAAGACUCCUCGGUAUGUAAAAUAUUUACAUAGAUUGGGAGAAAACAUUCUCCCUUCCUCCACCUAUUGUAGUGAAUUUAACUGGCAGAUAAGAGCUGGAUGGGAAAAAACAAAACCUAGAAUGAAAAUAAUCAAUGGUAAUGGACAACUGUCAAUUUUUCAGAUUUCCCCCCUCAUUUUUUUUUGUCAGGCUCCCCGCCCCCCUUGAAAUCUGGGGUAUAAAUGGUAAUUCAGUGGUCACUCACAACAGCGUAGUCACAUUGAUGAAUUAGAAAGGAAACUAUGAUUCCCAAAGGCAAAGCAUCUGAUAUGGGCUGUGUGGGGAAAGCAAGUUGGGUGUGGGGGGAGAGAGAAACAAGGGAAGGCUUGCUAUGUUACAGCCAAACCACUAGGAAAUGGGUAGGCAAACCUGGCCCUCCAGCUGUUGUUGAACUACAACUCCCAGCAUCGCCAGCCACAAUAAAUUGUACCUGGGGAUGCUGGGAGUUGUAGUCCAAAAACAGCUGGAGGGUCAAGUUUGCCCAGCCCUACACUAGGGCAAUAUCUUAAGGGCAGAGUUUAUUGGGAAAACUGGGUGUGGCUAUGUCUUUUGUGGCCUUACUCCUUAUCGUAAACCCCAUUAACACUGUAAUGCAGGUACAUCACUUCUCUUGCCUACAAAUAGCUCAUGUCUCGGGUUAGGACAGUGAAGUCAAACUGUUUAGGGUUGUUACACUAUGAUAAUGUAACUGGCUGAUUACUGAUAUACCCAUCAUGCAACCUGCAACCCUACAUUUAUUUCCUUGCAAGUAAGUUCAGUUUAUUCCCUUGAAAUGUCCAGACCAUUUUUGCAGUAUAAAAAUCUUGCUCUCCUUGGAUGGCUUGAAAAAAAGUUAUAAGACCUUGCAUCCGAAAAGAAAAAUGAAAACUUGCUGAUUUUUAUAACAUAGAAGCAAUUGCAGAGAAAGACCAAAGAUUUGUAACAAUUUUAGUUUUCCUUCCUUAGUGCUUUUCAGCAUUGCUUAGUUGCUGGUAGACUAUUUGAGAAGAUAUCACUCAUUUUAAAAUACCCUCUAAGUUUGUUUGGGCCGAAUCGUUUUGUGUUGUGACUUUUGUGGCUGAUACAAAAGUUCAUUUAAACACUUUCUAGAAAGGGGGUGGGUUGCAAAAUGGACUUGGGUGUGUGUGUUUCUUUUAAAGAAACAGAGGACUCAGAAGCACAGUCUUUUGAUAUUCAUUUCAAAGGGAAAUAAACAUUGGGGCUGAUGGAUGCCCCAAAACUGUAGGUAAGAAAGAUCUAUAUAGUAAGCUCUGUGAAGGUUGGCCUUCAUUAGAAGCAAAAUUUUUGAUAACUGUGUUGGACUAAAACUACAUUGGCUGAGGAAGUGGGUCUGGAAAUGAUUGCCUUGGAAAUUAUGGCCCUUCCUGGCUAGGGUUAGAAAUUACUUUUGGAUUUGGUAGGAAAGGAGUUCAUUUCAUAUUUUUCCAGGAGAGGGCAGCAUUGUGGCACAUGAGCACGGACUUGUAGGAUCUGUCCAUAUAAGAGGUUUAAAAGGGGGCGAGUGUCCAAAUAGUGUGUCGGGAACUCCCCACGUAAUCCACAUGACGCCUUGACCUCAUUCCAUGCUGGAUUUGUACUGUCCCACCCGCUGCAGACAUUAGCAGUUCUGUGUGUGAUUCUGUGUCAGUGACAGGAGUUGCACAAUAGGCCUGCAAAAAUGUACCCUCGAAAAGGUAGGUGCUUCCUGCACUUAGGAUGUGUGUGCAUGAGCGGAACUGAGAGCAGAAAGCUACUGUGUUGACAUGCCCCUCAUUUUAGUGGACAGCAGCAAAUCUAUCUAUCCGAGACAAAGUUACUCCCGUUUACCUUGCUUGUCCAGUUCUAUAUAAACUGGUUUUGUUUAAAUGUCAAACCAAGAAAUACACAGGUCAUUGAUUUCAGGUUUCAAUUAUAGUCAACUAAACAUUUUGACACAGCUUGAAUUCUUCGGUCUUUUAAGUCCCCUGUGUUGAGAAUCAUAACAAAAGCAUGAUUUUUAUUUUUAAAACUUUAAUGCUUCUUACUACUUUUUUCUUUUCUUUGCACUUGUGGAUAAAUUCAGGAAAUCUGUUGUUGCUUCUCCCGUAUGCUCUGCAAUCUUGUUUCUUGACAGGCCAUGCUGAGCAAGUCCGUCACCUGUAAUACAAAAGUAAUCUCUUUUUCUUUCUCUCUCUCUUUCCUGAAUUUGACAUUGUAGUUGUAAAAAGGUUCCAAUUUUGGAGUUGCAAAUCUUUUGGGUCUACUUCUGUGAGCCUACCUAUAGCACUGGAUUAAAAUGUCUACAUCAUUUCUUCAGUUAUAUAUCCAGUUAAAUUUACAAAUGUUGUAAAAGUGUAAAACCAGCCCAUGAAAGAUAUUUUCUUUUCUUUUUUACUUGUUCAAAAGACUUUUUAUUGUUCAGUUUUCAUGAUUUAUUGUCUAAAGAAGACUGCUAUAGAUGUUCUAUACUGUCCUGGACCCAUGUUAAUUACACCUUUUUAUGAUGUACUUUGGUUCCACAUCACAAUGAUUUUGUCCCCUCAAAAGCCUGUUCUUAAUCCCUUUUUAGGCACAUUUUCUGUUGCAGUUUUCCCUUCCCAUUGUAUUGCUCUGACAAGUGUAAUUUGAAUCAGAUCUGAAAGAGGUCCAGAAUAAAAUAUAUUUUGAUACGA